GCUUCUUCUCUUGUAAAGCCAUCAAAUUAUACCACGAGGAGUUCCCUCUCAAACCAUUGGCAGAAGCUUGAAAUCAACGAUAACCCCUGACAGACUCUUACCUCUCUAUCUUUCUUCAACAGUUUGUUAAUGACCCCAUUAUGGCGCCAAUUUACAAGAUUGCUGUCAUACAACUCUAUCCCAAACCCCUGGCCAUAGAAGCCAACCACGCGAAAGCCGUAUCCUAUAUACGUGGUGCAGCCUCUCAAGAUUGCCAUCUCGCUGUCCUCCCAGAAUACCACCUCACGAACUGGCUCCCCGAUGACCCAAAAUUUGCCUCGCUUUGUGCCCAAUACCAAACAUACCUCGACGCCUACUGCGUCCUCGCCGCCGAGCUCAACAUCUGCAUCGUCCCGGGCACCAUCGUCGAAAAGCAUGGCUCUUCCCUCUUGAACAUAGCAACCUUCAUCUCCAACGAUGGCACCAUCCUCGGGCAAUACCAAAAGAAAAACCUCUGGCACCCUGAACGGCCUCACCUGACCUCGUCCCUCCACGACCCGCAUGUGGCAUUUGACACCCCGUUAGGCAAAGUCGGAAUGCUGAUCUGCUGGGACCUCGCCUUCCCCGAAGCAUUCCGCCAACUGAUAGCCGGGGGCGCGAAGAUGAUCAUCAUUCCGACGUUUUGGAAUCUGAGCGAUUGUACCCCGGCAGGCCUUGCGCAUAACCCGCUGUCCGAGAAGCUGUUUUUGGAGAGUACGCUGGUGGCGAGAACUUUUGAGAACACGUGUAUGGUUGUUUUUGCCAAUACUGGGGGGCCGAGGGGCAAGGCGACGAAGGGUGCGUAUGCGGGGCUGAGUCAGGUGGCGGUUCCGUUUAAGGGGGCAUUGGGGAAGAUGGGCGAGGAGGAGGGGAUGAGUCUUGUGGAGGUUGAUAUGCAGAUUUUGGAGGAUGCGGAGGAGAAUUAUAAGGUAAGAGAGGAUCUGGGGAAGGAGGGAUGGCAUUAUGACUAUUCUUUGACGAGGACUGCGAAAGGAGAGGGGAAGAGUAAGUUAUAGUUGAAGUAUUAAGUUGCCUCGAACUUUCAGGGGUGCGUGUAUUGGAAUUAUGUUGAGUAGAAUGAUUCAAGCACGAGUUAUACAUUCUG